AUGGGAAAUCUAGAAAAUUUGGUUGAGUUGGACUUAGCUGCAAACAAACUCAUUGGUCCAAUCCCUCAUUCUCUGGCUAAUUUAAGUAGACUAGAGAUUCUCUAUCUGAUUGACAAUCAAUUAUCUGGUCUGGUGCCUUUAGAAAUUGGAGAUAUAAAAAAUCUGGUUGACUUGGCAUUACAACAAAACAAACUCAGUGGUCCAAUCCUUUAUUCUCUGGCUAAUUUAACUAGACUGAAGAGCCUCCAUUUGUACGAGAAUCAAUUAUCUGGUCCAGUGCCUUCUAAAAUCGGAGAUAUGAAAAAUCUGAUUGACUUGGAGCUAUCUCAAAACAAACUCGGUGGUGCAAUCCCUCAUUCUUUGUCUAAUUUAACUAGACUAGAGACCCUCUAUUUGCAUUCAGAUCAAUUAUCUGGUCCUGUGCCUUCUGAAAUUGGAGAUAUGAAAAAUCUGAUUGGCUUGGAGCUAUCUCAAAACAACCUCAGUGGUCCAAUCCCUCAUUCUCUGUCUAAUUUAAUUAGACUAGAGACCCUCAGUUUGUAUUCGAAUCAAUUAUCUGGUGCCAUACCUCAAGAGUUUGGUAGCCAAGCAUCUAUUGUAGAAUUCCAGUUGUCCAACAACCUCUUAUCUGGAAGCUUACCUCAAUAA